AGGCGCAUUGGUCAACAGUAUUUCAAGUAGUAGUUGUUAGUGCAGGCCAACUGUUUGAGUUUUAGAUCAUUUUCAUUUUAUUCCAGUGACAUUUCAAGUGACAAACGAACAAGAGAACAUAUUAAAUAAGAGAUUAAUAUCCUCCCUUAAUGUCGAGUCAUUUAUUAUUUUAUUUUUAUUAAUCAAGACAAUUGAUUACAAUGCCUUCUGCUAAGUCACUUAUUUAUAAUACGAUUCAUUAAUAAAUUCAUCUUAAAAUUUAUCAUCAAUCUUAACUUUACAUUUGUGUGUUCUAAUAGUUUAUUUACAAAUCAUGAAAUUGCGUGAAUGUGAUAUGAAAAUGAGAGAAAAACUUCUGAAAGAUAAUUAAAGAGAAAACUUUACUGUUGGAGUAAAAAAACAGUUGAAAGGUAACAACUAUACCGGAAGAAAACGGAUACAAAAUGCCACGAGCAUCAGUUGUACAUAUGACAUCAACUGCCACAAGACCUCAGCAUCUGUCACAGGUACUGGCAACAUUAGCAUUGUCAAUGGGAACAUUAUCAUGCGGUUUGGCAAAGGGAUACACAUCACCAGCGGUGGACUCAAUCUUAGAUAAUCAACCACACCUCUAUCAAUCAACUGGAAAUGACACUUGGUGGGCGUUCUCAGCAACUAAGCAAGAAGCUUCGUGGGUGGCUUCUCUUGCAAUGUUAGGCGCAGGCUUUGGCGCCAUGAUCGGAGAUUGGAUUAUGCGAAGAGGUAGGAGACUGGCUCUGAGGCUAACGUCUUUACCUCUGGCAGCAGUUUGGAUUCUUACAGGGAUUGCCCCGUGUGUAGAGCUUGUUUUCACAACAAGCUUUAUUGGAGGCUUGUGCUGUGCAGUCAUCACUAUGGUUGCUCAGGUUUACAUUUCUGAAAUAUCCAUGCCAGGAAUAAGAGGUUGUCUAUCAGCAAUACUAAAAGCAGUUGGUCAUCUUGGUGUUUUGCUUUCUUAUAUCACUGGCUCUUAUCUUAACUGGAGAGAAAGUGCAAUGGUGGUGGCUAUUGCUCCAACCAUGUUAUUUAUGGGAACACUAUUUAUUCCUGAAACUCCAUCAUAUCUCGUGCUCAAUGGCAAAGAUGAAGAAGCCAGUGGAAGUCUUAAAUGGUUGCGAGGAUCUCACGUUGAUGUUCGUCAAGAACUUCAAGUUAUCAAGACCAACAUUUUAGCGUCUAGAGCUAAACAAUAUGAAUUGUCAUUUCGUAAUAGCAUGCUCACACCUCGACUCUAUAAGCCCAUAGCCAUCACUUGUGGACUAAUGUUUUUUCAACGAUUUUCUGGUGCUAAUGCUUUUACGUACUAUGCUGUUAUUGUAUUUCGUCAAACACUGGGUGGUAUAAGUCCACAUGGAGCCACAAUAGCUAUUGGAUUCGUUCAACUUCUUGCUUCAUUGUUAUCAGGGUUUCUUAUCGACAUAGUUGGCAGACUUCCGUUACUGAUAGCCAGUACAGUCUUCAUGUCUUUAGCAUUAGCAGGAUUCGGAAGUUACGCGUAUUAUAAUUCCAUGUCACAGAACAUAUUUGAGGAUCCAACAUCAAUGGGUCAACACGACUGGAUUCCCUUAUUGUGUGUGUUAGUGUUCACCACUGCCCUUGCGCUCGGCAUAUCGCCAAUUUCGUGGCUAUUGAUUGGUGAGCUCUUCCCACUUGAGUAUCGUGGUCUUGGGUCGAGUAUCAGCACCAGUUUUAGCUACUUCUGCGCUUUCUUAGGCAUAAAACUUUUUAUGGACUUCCAGCAGUUACUAGGACUUCAUGGAGCUUUUUGGUUUUAUGCAGCGAUAGCUAUUUGUGGCUUAUGUUUUGUCGUAUGUUGCGUUCCGGAAACAAAAGGAAAACAACUAGACGAAAUGAAUCCGGAAUAUGCUCAAGCCCGGUAGUACAAGGCAUCCCUCACUGGAGGGUUAUCGAAUUUAGAAAAAGCUAACAAACCACUACCAAGUGGAGCUUAUCCCAAUCAACACGAUCCUCGUGUACUUUAUGCAGAUCCAAAGGUUUUCCAAUCACAUCAACCGCUAUACAAUCAACUGUCUGAUGUUCUCCAACCGAGAAAAAAUGCCAAAUCGAUUGUAAAUUAUUGCGGUAUUAUUGUAGAAAAGACUGGCCGAAUUAGCCGUUAUAUUGGUAACUUUAUUCAGUCACAUCGUUUUUUAUUCCAACGAACUGAAAAUAUAGACAAUAAUUAUCCCAAGAGAGUCGUCGAACAAAUUUCUAACGAUAUUUAUUUAAAUAAUUUAGAUUACUCUUAUCAUAAUCAAGACUACGGUCAACUACAAGAAUCGAAUAUUGAUAAUUUUAUUAAUGGAAACGUUUUAACAGAAAAGCGCUUGGAAAAAAAAAGGGAUCACUUGAAUCCUUAUACGACUAUAUCUUUAGACUGUUCAAGAGAUGACAAUAAUCAAGAUUUACUAAGAUGGAAGCGACCUAGAAGAUGGAAUGAAUUGGAACCAUUUGAGAUGUACAAUUUUGAUCCUGAUCGAAUGUAUUUAAGCUUACCACGAAAAAGUAAAAUAAGGAAUUCUGAUAUUCAAUUUUUUGAUGACUUUAACGAAACUAUUAAUAGUUCAAGAAAAUAUCCAAAGAGUUUACAUGACCUUACUGAUGCAGAAAUUGAUAGAAUUUUAGAAAGAGACACAACUUUUCAUCUACCAAGUGAUUUAGUCAGUCAACAAUCUAUAUUUGAGCGUUACAUAAGAAGCUAUGAGGAAGGUAUAGAGAAUAGAAAUGAUAAUUAUUUGAAACUUUACACUAGUUUAUCAAGAUUAGAUCGUAAAAUGCCACGAGAAAAAUACGUGCCCGGUAAAGUUCACUAUGAACGAGAAUAUCGAAUUUAUGGUAGGGAUACAGUGGCACUAAUUUAUUAUAAAACAUGCUAUUUGUGAUGUCUUAUCAAUCUAAUAAUGAAAAAUUAUAUUUAUUUUGUCGAUUCAUCAUCAUCAUCGUCGUCAUUAUCAUCAUCGGUAUCAUCGUGGACAUUCAGAAUAAAAUGUAUUUAUCAUUUAAACAUAUUUCAAAUAGUAAACGCUGGUCGUUUGCAAUAGAAAAUGAAAUGCUCAUCAUCGUAAUUACGUCCACAUUAUUUUGAUAAUAUACAUUGAAUGACAAAUAAAUCCAUGGAAAAAA